AACCCAAAAAUUCCAGAAAACCGCAAUUUCUUAGUCAUUGAACAGCGUGAAAUAGCGAGUAGGGUCGGGUUUCUAGCAGAAGCAGAGGAGCAAGGAGAGUUACCUGAAGAGCCCCUCCAAGAGAGUGAAUAAAACUGAAUCUAGAUGCAGCCUAUCAGAGCAAUUUAGAGAGUGCAGCUUCAGCAAUGUUAUGUGUUAGUUAAGAAUAAGAACAAUGAUAAGAAGACACUACCUAUUUCACAAUCAAAGGCAUAACCAUAACCAUGCCAUUGCCAUUGCAAUUUCUCAAGCACCUUGUUCUUCAUCAUUCACCAGUAGUAGUAAACAUUCCACGUUACUACCUUCACCUUAUUCGUUCUUGCAAAUACCUGAAUCCACUACUCCAAAUUCAUGCUCAUUUGCUUGUCUCGGGCCUUAUCACAAAACAUCAUUCCUUAACUGCCCAACUCAUCAAUUCCUAUUCUUUCCUUCACCAAUCUACAUUGUUACAAUCAACAUUCAAUUCUGUGACAUACCCUUCUCUGCUUCUAUGGAACUCCAUUAUUAGAGAAUAUUCUAGGAUUCAUCAGUUCCAUAAAGCAAUAAACUUGUAUCAUAGAAUGUUAAGGGUAGGGGUUGAACCAGACAAAUAUACAUUUACCUUUGUUCUUAAGGCUUGUACUGGUGCUUUGGAUUUUGAUCAGGGUGUUGCAGUUCACCAAUACAUAGCUUCUAGGAAGCUAGAAUGUGAUUUAUUUAUUGGGACUGGUCUUGUUGAUAUGUACUGUAAAAUGGGACACUUCGAUAGUGCUCGGAAGGUAUUUGAUAGAAUGUCUAGGAAGGAUGUUGCUUCCUGGAAUGCAAUGAUUUCAGGGUUAUCUCAGAGCUCAGUUCCUUCUGAAGCAAUGGGAAUAUUCCGGACCAUGCAGAUGGAGGGUGUGGAGCCGGACUCUGUAAGCAUCUUGAACUUGGCCCCAGCUGUUUCCAAAUUACAGGAUAUUGAUUCUUGCAGGUCUAUUCAUGGUUAUGUGGUUAGGAGAUGUAUUAAUGGUGCGGUUUCAAACUCAUUGAUCGAUAUGUACUCUAAAUGCAGUGAAGUUGAUGCGGCUUAUCGGAUAUUUGACCGGAUGCAGGCUAAAGAUGAUGUCUCAUGGGCCACAAUGAUUGCUGGGUAUGUAUAUCAUGGUAGUUUCCCUGAGGCUCUUGAAUUACUUGACCAAAUGAAACACAAAAAUAUUAGGAUGAAUAAGGGAUCAGUUCUAAAUACCCUUUUGGCAGCUACUGAGAUGAGAGACUUAGAGAAAGGGAAGGAAGUUCAUGAUUAUGCUUUAAGGCUUGGGAUAAUGUCAGAUGUUGCUGUUGCUACCACAGUUAUCAGCAUGUAUACAAAAUGCGGCGAGUUGAAGAAAGCUAAAGAAUUGUUCCUGAGUCUUGAAGGAAAAGAUUCAGUUGCAUGGUCUGCUUUUAUAUCAGCUCUUGUUCAAGCAGGGUAUCCUGGGGAAGCUUUGUCUAUAUUGCAAGCGAUGCAGCAAGAGGGUUUGAAACCAGAUAAAGCAACUCUGAUAAGUCUUGUUUCGGCAUGUGCAGAAAUAUCACAUGCCAGAUUAGGUAAGAGUAUACACUGCUAUGCUAUUAAAUCAGAUAUGGAGUCUGAUAUCUCAACAGUAACAACCCUUGUCUCAAUGUACACUCGAUGCGAAUUAUUUACAUAUGCUCUGAAGCUUUUCAACCAAAUGCGCUAUAAAGAUGUUGUCGCUUGGAAUACCUUGAUAAAUGGGUUUGCCAAAUAUGGUGAUCCAUAUAUUGCAUUGGAAAUGUUUCAUAGAUUACAAUUAAGUGGAACUCAACCGGAUAGUGGAACCGUUGUUGGUUUAGUUUUAGCUUGCACCCUUCUGAAUGGCCUUGAUCUCGGAAUCUGCUUGCAUGGGACUAUUGAAAAGGGAGGGUUUGGAUCUGACACUCAUGUAAAGGUUGCUCUAAUAGACAUGUAUGCCAAAUGUGGGAGCCUUUUCUCAGCCGAGAAAUUGUUUUGCUUAACAAAGCCUGCAAGGGAUGAGGUAUACUGGAAUGUUAUGAUUGCAGGGUACCUGCAUAACAGAUGCACUGACAAAGCAAUUUCCACUUUCAAUCAGAUGAGGCUAGAAAAUGUGAGGCCUAAUUUAGUGACAUUUGUGACCAUACUUCCAUCUGUAUCAUAUUUUUCAGUAUUGAAAGAGGCCAUGGCUUUUCACGCCUGCAUAAUCCGAAUGGGAUUUGUGCAUAGUUCCUCUGUUGGGAACAGCCUAAUAGAUGUGUAUGCUAAAUGUGGACAACUCAGUUAUUCUGAGAAAUUCUUUCAUGAGAUGGAAAACAAAGACACUGUCACAUGGAAUGCAAUGCUCUCAGGCUAUGGAAUGCAUGGCCAAGGCGACCGUGCCCUCUCUCUUUUUUCACUUAUGCAAGAGGCUGGUGUCAGUGUUGAUUCUGUUUCCUACCUCAAUGUAUUGUCUGCCUGCAGACAUGCUGGUUUAAUUGAAGAAGGAAGGAACAUUUUCAAGUCUAUGAGUAAAACUCACCAUCUUGAACCAAAUAUGGAACACUAUGCCUGCAUGGUUGAUCUUCUUGGCCGAGCUGGAUUAUUUGAUGAAGUUUUGAGUUUAAUCAAUAAGAUUCCGGAAGAACCUGAUGCUCAAGUAUGGGGUGCGCUCUUGGGAGCAUGCAAAAUUCAUUCCAAUAUGAAGUUAGGAGAGGUUGCUCUCCAUCACCUCCUUAAACUUGAACCGAGAAAUGCCGUUCAUUAUGUGGUAUUGUCUGAUAUAUAUGCUCAAUAUGAUAGAUGGAUUGAUGCUGGAAGAACAAGGUCAAAUAUGAUUGAACAUGGCUUGAAGAAAAGUCCAGGGUACAGUUGGGUUGGAGUUCAUAGUCAAGGUUCAUGCAUUUCUGUGAAGUGAUUACAGAAAAAGGAACUUCUUUUUUUUUUUAAUCAAAGAGGAAAUGUUCAUAGAAAGAAGUCAAAUUGUGAGUUCCCAGAUGGCAUUUAUCAUGUUG